AUCUGCGGCGGCUUGGGCAAAGGGUUGCGUACAAUGUACAAAAGAUAGUGUGGCACUCUCCAUCGCUUCUUGUCAAUCCUUGCAACACAACACGCAACGAUGCUCCUCUUCGCAGCCCUCACCGCCCUCACUGCCAUCGCAGCUCAGGCCUUCGCCACCCACGUCACUUGUGACUGGGCGCCUGUCCGCUCGGAUCCUGGGUCGGUCGGCUACAAGAAAGUGAGUCGUUGCGUUGGCCCUGUACCUCUGCUCGGCUGCCUCGCUCUGACCACCGCACUCCUCGUCAUCUUGACGAUGCGCCGCCCUGAUAGAUGUGCAACGCCGCCAUCCCGGGUCCCCAGCAGAGCGAUCCUAGCUUUCCGUACAUGUGCUUCGACAAGCAAACGUCAAAGUGACGGUUGCCGACUACAAUGUCUUGGGCCCCAAUAAGCUGGAGAUCGUUUCGCCCUGCGCGUCAGGAGGAUGGGCACUCAGUCCUGGCGGCGGCUACUGCUACCUUCAGUCCAUCGCCGCCUGCCUCGACGAGGACGGGCAUGGAGUUGCUAA